AUGUAUACUUCUAGCAUUAGCGUCCUCAGUUUCCUAGCCACCAUCUCCACCGUUAUUGCCGACUACUUGGUUCAGGCACCUCUCCCACAGAAAGCUUCAGCUGGCGCUCUCAGGUAUCAGCCUGCGGUCGACUUUGAUAAAAUUGCCUGUUACCAGACUGCCGCCAUCGAUAGAAACGGCCAUACCAAUAGUGGCCUCGAACUCGGCGACCGCAGCUGUCGCCAACGGGACGAUGACAAUAAAUGCGUGCGAUGGGCUCAACUAGACGUCACCAAAUGUCGCUAUAUAAACCGUAUCUCCCAUUCCAACACCUACGUUCGAGAGAAGUGCACCAACGACGGCUGGUGCGCAUACCUCUACGCCUACUAUUUCGAGAAAGACGAGGGCCAAGGCUUUGCCAGCGAUCGCGGUCACAAACACGACUGGGAGCAUCUCUGGGUCUGGACCAAAAACGGCGAUGCGAAAUGGCUCGCAUGGUCUGCACACGGCGAUUGGUCAGUCUGCAAAUCCAACCAAGCACAAUGGGACGGCAACUCUCCCAAGUUUUUGUACGCAAGCAACAUGGGAACACAUGCGUUCCGACGGGCACAAAAGGAGGAUACACCACAGAAUCCUCUCCACAAAUACUUCCAAGCUCCACUGAUCGGCAUUGAGAGUAUGACCGAGUCAUUGAAGAAGGUCAUGCUUCAGUAUGAGUGGAAGACUGCGCACCCUGCUUUCAAGGACGGCGAUUUUGAGAGACAUUACAGCACUGUUUGGAAGCAAAUUGUCGCUUAUGACAGGCCGAGUCCACUGAACCCGAACCCGAACCCAAGACCGUGUCCUCCUCACAGACGGGUUAAAAGAAGUGCCUUGAACUGA